UUGAAACGAUCUGGCAAGAUUGAACUUCCUCACUGGACUGAUAUUGUUAAGACUGGAAGAUUCAAGGAGCUCGCUCCAUAUGAUCCAGAUUGGUACUACAUUAGAGCUGCUUCCAUGGCAAGGAAGAUCUAUUUGAGACAGGGCAUUGGAGUAGGUGGCUUUCAGAAGAUCUAUGGAGGUCGCAAGAGGAACGGUAGCAGGCCACCUCAUUUCUGCAAAAGUAGUGGUGCGAUUGCUCGUCAUAUUCUGCAGCAACUAGAAAAGAUGAAUAUCGUUGAAGCCAAUGAGAAGGGGGGAAGAAGAAUUACAUCACAGGGCCGCCGUGAUCUUGAUCAAGUUGCUGGGCGUGUGGUGGUCGUCGCAUGAAUCUUUAGUGGGCAUCUGUCUUUUACAAGUUAUUAAGAUUUAAAUUUCCAUCUUCAAAUUUUGAUUUGUGCUGCUUCCUGUCAAUGUGAUGUUAAAACGUAUUUAUUACGUGUACCGUUUACAAUUUAUUUAAUUGGAAUUUUGCACUUCUGCUUGGACCUUUGAAA